AUGACGCACUACUACCAGGAUGGUGCAUGGUCCAAUUCCGACGACCCUCUCCCGGUAAAUUUACGAGUGUCGGUGUGGAAUGCCACCGUAACUGCGGAGCCGGCGACAGGGCAGGUGAACUUGCCCCCCCGAGUCAAGCUGUUCCUGGAGGUCCUGAUGGUUGUCAUGUGUCUGGGUGCGGUGGCAGGUAAUAUUCUGGUCAUCGGGAUUGUGGCAGCCACCAAGAACUUCCACUCCGUGACGUCCGUGCUCAUCACUAACCUCGCCAUCAGCGACCUGCUCGUGGGUGUCGGUGUAAUGCCGUUCGUAGCUGUCUCCAUCAUGAAUAACGGCUGGGUGGACGUUACAACACUGUGCCUGUACGUGGGCUACACAGCCUCUGUGUACUGCACGGCCUCCGUGCUGACGCUGGCGGCCAUCGCCCUGGACCGCUAUUGCUCCAUCGUGGACUGCCUGCGCUACGGCGCGCGCUGCACGCUGUGGAGGAGCUGCAGCGUGGUGCUGUGGAUCUGGCUGCAGGCGCUGCUCACCAGCCUGCCCCCCCUGCUGGGCUGGAGCUCCGUGGAGUACGUGGCGCCCAUGUACAGCUGUGCGGUGAACUGGGCCAACAGCCCCAGCUACACGGCCUUCGUGGCGUUCCUCUCCUUCCUGCUGCCCGCCGCCGUCAUCCUCUUCUGCUACGUCCACAUCGUGAGGGUGGCCCGGGGCCACGCCCGCCGGAUCCACACCCUGGAGGAGCAGCUGCAGCGCAGCCGUGAGAUCCAUGGAGGCGGGGCUGCCUCAGACUCCAAGCUGGCCGGCCAGGCUGCCUCCGAUGCUGCCUCCACUAGUCCCGCUAACCCCCAGGCGCCCCCGGCCUCGUCCAGCACGACGCCCCCUAGUCGGCUGCUGUCCUUCCUGGCCCAGAGCGCCACGGAGACCGCCCUAUCGUGUAAGUCCAGCCUGGUCCCGCCCUCGGCGGUCACCUUCUCCUAUUGGCUGGUGCUGCUGAACUCGGACAUCAAUCCCCUGCUGUACGCGCUGCUCAGCAAGCGCUUCCAGGGGGCGCUGUGGUGCCUGAGGCAGAAGAUAGGGGCUCGGCUGGGCUUCCCCGAGGGCUCUCUGUGUCGCCACUUCCUCCCUGCCAGCUCCCCUCCCUCCUCCUCCGCCCCCUCCUCCUCCCGUUGGUCGGGGGGCCUGGAGGUCCCCUCCAGGACACCAGAGGGCAGCCGGCUGCCCUUCUCGGCUGCCACGAGCGAGAGGCAGGCCACCUUCUUCUACGGACAGAUCACCGUGAGGGUGGAGCACGACGUUGGCUAG